AUGGAUAGAAAAACCAAUAACCAUAAGAUAGCGAUAUGGUGGACUGAUGAACUGACGAAGGCAAUACUCCAGCGAAAAGAUGCCUUUGCGGAAUAUAUAAGAGAACCCAAUUUGGAAAAUUAUAUCAGAGUAAAGGAAUUGAAAGCCAGAACCAAACGUAUGAUCAAGACCGAAAAAAGGAAUAGUUUCAGAAAAUUUACCGAAAGUAUAAAUUUCAACAAUAGCAAGAAAGCAUGGAAUACCAUACAAAAAUUCAAAGGUAGUAAAGAUGGACAUACCUGCACUAACCAACCCGAGGUUGAAACCGUGGAAAAAUUAAUGAUCAAACUAACAGAAAAUAAAUCACCCCUGAUAUCUUUUAACCUAGAGAACAACCUUUCCCCUAUGAUCACCCCAUUGGAGAUUCGUAAACUUAUACCGGAAAAAGACUCUGCUCCUGGAAUGAAUUCGCUGACAUAUCCAAUGUACAGAAAUCUACCUAUAAUGGCUUGGGAAAAAUUAGCGGAAAUAUUCAACAAGUUACUUGUAAAUCCACAAACUAUAAAUACCUCAAUGAAAUUUUUAAUACUCCCUUUCGGCAAACCAGGUAAAGACGUCAACAAUGUAGACAAUUUACGACCCAUCUCGUUGGCACCCUGCUCAGUGAAAAUAUUGGAGUCAAUAGUAAAACACAGGAUAGAAAAGAUAACAGAGGAAAAUGUAGAAAAAAAUAAUCCCUACAGUUUCGGUUUUAGACGAGGAAAAUCUAUUUACGACAAUCUCUUGGUGGCAUGCUCCAGCAUCUAUGAAUCCUUUAUACGGAGAAAAUUCACUAUCAUUAUUUUUCUGGAUAUAAAAGCAGCUUAUGAUAAUGUAAACCUACAUAUUCUUAAGGACGAUUUAUAUGAUAUCGGCAUACCAGUAGACAUCGCAAAUCUGAUUAUAGCUUCAAUGAAUUAUCGGGAAUUAUAUUUUCAUGAUAAAGAUGCAGACAGCAUAAAGGGACCCUGGAUAGCGCAUGAAGGAUUAAUACAGGGAUCAUUACUUAGCCCUACAUUAUUUAAUGUAUAUCUCUUGAAAGUUGGGGUGUGCGCAGCGGGAAAUGUUAAGAUCUGUCAGUACGCUGAUGAUCUAUUUUUAGAAUGUACAGGAUGGGACAUAGGAGAGAUAUGGGAAAAUCUAGAUAAAACCUUAAAAAAUCUAGGAGAAUGGCUGGGAAAGAGAAACCUCAAAAUGUGUGCAGAAAAAUGUGCUGCAAUGUUAUUUGCACGUAGACCCAUACCUGAGCAAAUACCAAAGUUCUCCAUCGAAGAAACAGAAAUCCCCUGGAAACAAGAGAUAAAAUAUCUAGGAGUAACAUUAGAUCAAAAACUCAAUUGGACAAAACAAAUAGAUAAGGUCUGCGGCAAAGCAAUGAAGAACUGUAACAUACUGAGAACAUUAUGUGGAACCUGGUGGGGUGCCCAACCUAGAGUACUGUUGGGGAUAUAUAAAUCGCUGAUCCGACCACACUUGGAUUUUGGGGCUCUAUUAUAUGGAACAUGCUCUGUGACCUCUCUGAGGAAGUUAGACAGGGUGCAAUAUCAUGCACUGAGAAUAAGCUUGGGACUCAUGCGAUCUGCACCAAUAAACAUUAUCCUUUCAGAAAGUGGAGAAAUGAAACUAGAAAAAAGAAGAAUAUUACUAUCGUCAAAAUAUAUACUAAAAAGAAUGAGAUGCAGAAAUGACCCAAUACUGCAAAACAUUGAAGAACUCACACUUUUCAAAGGUUUUUGGAACAAUAAUAGAAAACCACCCUUUGUAGAAGCGUAUGAAAGAGUAAAGCCCAGAAUUAAACUCAUGGAGAGAUCACAAAAACUUCCAGUCUACAACUUGAAUAUUGAUAUGCACAUCAGAGACCAUGAUAUAGUGGUAGCUCCAAUAAAAAAAAAUUGCAUCGACGCACCUUUGAAGUUCCAAUCCUUUUGCGAGAGGCAUAUUAGAUCCCCAUAUCAGGCUGUUUAUACCGAUGCAUCAAAACAGGACAAUCCUCGGACCGUUGGAGCUGGAAUAUACUCUGAAAAUAUAUCGGCAUCUCUCAGAUUACCAGAUCAUUGGGCUAUAUACACAGCAGAAAUGUUCGCAAUUGGAUAUGCCUUAGAGUGGUCCCUAAAGAACAACCCUAGAACAAAUAUCAUCAUUUUCACGGAUUCACGAAGCGCAAUCAUGAAACUCAAAAACUGGAAAAUAAAAACUGACAUACAUGCUAUAGAAAUUAGGGUUAAAGCACUGCUAAUAAGAGCAGAGGAGAUGGGAAUUAAUGUUAAAUAUGUGUGGAUCCCCAGCCAUUCUGGCAUAGCUGGGAACGAGGAGGCAGAUAGGCUGGCUAACAGAGGGAGAGAAAAAGAUGUAACGAAUUACGAGGGUAGCUACCAGGAUGUUUACAACAUGAUUAGACAAGAAGUCAAGAAGGAAUGGCAUAUAGAAUGGAAGGAAAUGGGCAAAAGUAAAGGAAAAACCUACGUCAAUAUGGUGGGAGUUAAGGAUAACAUUACGGGAAACAAGUUAAUAGGGACAGAUAUUUCAAGAAAAACAUUAACAACAAUGAUUAGAUUGAGAUCUGGACAUGUGCUAUCACCCCAACACCUAUACAAAAUAAAAAUCAAAGAUGAGGAAAAAUGCCAUUGUGGCGAUCGCGGUGAUAUAAGACACAUAUUUUUCGAGUGUUCAUUAAAUCAGGAAAAUUGCUCACUAUUUUAUACAAGAUUAGAAGCAUUCGCCUUUCAACGCCUAAUUAAUCUGAAUGAGGUCAUUUUCAGCCCCUCUCCUGAUGUAGCAAAGCUCAUAUCUGAGUUCCUCAGGGCCUCAAACAUUAAGCUGUAA